AUCUCGGGGAUUCUCGCUCGAAACCAUUUUUUGAAAAGUCGAAAAUGGAUACAUUUCGAUAUUGAAGUUAAAAGUGAUAGUUCAAAGCAGUAUGUAUUCAUGGUUUUCUUAUGAAAAAAAAAAACUUCAAAGAAUCCUCUACCACCAGGGCAAAAAUUAGCUCAUUUGAUGAAAGAGCGGUGGAGAUAUUCAAUAUUCUUAUUGGUCCUGACUUUUGGAACACCCUGUAUACACAGAAACAACUGAUAAUUAAUUCAAAACAAUACAACAUUAUUUAGUUUAUUCACUUGAUAGUUCACACAAAAAUAAAAAUAAAUUAAUAGUUCAAUAAUUCAUAGUGUAAACAAAAGAAAAUAGUUAUAUUGAUUUGCGCAUCUUUUUUCACUGUGGAUAAAUCAUACUGCUAGAAUAAUUGCGAAUGAUCUUAUUUAUUAAAUAAGCUCAAAAUAUAUUUUUCAGACAAAACUAAGAUGCUAUUAAUACACUUCGUUCCGGUGCAAAAUCAUAAGAUAUGAGGAGAGAAAGUAAAUGAAAUGGAAUAUAAGGGACAAAUAAAGAAGAUAUAUGGUAUAUAAUGUUGAAAAAUCUAUUAUACAGCACAUUGUACUUAAUGUUAUAUAUAAUCCAGGGAUUGAUGAAUAUCGAUUUACAAUUCUUGUCAAGAAAAUUUCAAUAUCUAUCGUUGAAUAUAUAAGCGUAAGCACACUAAAUAUUUUUUUUUCAUGCUUGUUUUAAUUGAACACAAAAGUGUUCAAAAAAACAUUACCUAUUAUAUCAACAUCAGUAUACAUGUUACAAAUUAACUGAUCAAGAAAGUCACCGAUAGUCUCUUGUGUAGUUCACAUUAAUAUUUCAUAACAAACAAAAUGUUCGUUGAGAUCACUAAUUAAUUCUCGUAGUACAUUUCAAGAAUGUUUCAUAUCAUUGAUAAAAAGAUAUUCAUAACAUGUUUCCAGUAUUAAUGUUGCAUAUAAAAAUUACAUAGCUUUUGAACGAUAUUAAUAACACCUUUUUUUUUAACUGUUAUGAGUCUACUCUUAUAUGUAUGAAGAUAAAUUAACUAUUGUUUUUUGAUUUCUAGACUUGAUUAUAAUAAUUCAACAGUAGUUACACUUACACAAACUUAUCCUCAACAACGAAACUUUGCAACAAUAACUAUUGAUCGUGCUAGAAUUCAUCGUUAUUUAUCAUCUUUACAAUUAUUUGAAAUUGCAUUUGAUUCGUAUGUUUUGCUUUUACUUUCACAAGCUGUUGGUAAAAUAGGCUCACAUAAUGGUCGUUAUGAUUUAGAUACAAUUAAAAAAGUAUUUCAGCUACACAUCGGUGAUGCACCAUUAAGAGUUUAUAAUACUCAACAUUGGAAAACUCAUCUUGAAAAUGUUGAAUUACCAGAAAGUUAUUCACUUCGUAUUAUUAAUAAUGUUAAUGGAAAUAUGAUUCAAUUAGCUACAAAUAGAUGGAAUGAAAAUAGAUUAGUUUCUACAAUAAGUCAUUCAUUUGAUGAUGGUAAAACAGUAACAACGGACUUUAAAUUGGAUCGAGCUUAUGCACAUCAAGUUGGUUCAGUUUACUUUUUUUAUAGUUUAGGUUAUCGAAUUGUUCAAGGAGUUAAACAACUUCGAAAUUUUAUUCGUCAAUUUAUUCGUAGUCAUGUAACAAAAGAUUUGCAUAAAACAAAUAUUGCUGAAAUCGUUAAACAUUUUCGAGAAAUUGUUACUGCAUGGAGUUCAGAAUCAGACAAUAGCUUUCUUCGACGAUUUUCUGCUCGUCUUGGUUUACUUGAUUUCUUUGGGAAAUAUCCAACAUAUACUGAAGUAUCUGAUCGUGUCUUUGCUAUUCUUCGUGAACGUUCUGUUCAACGUGAAGAAUUCUGGUGUAGCCGUUUUGAAGCAAUUCUUAAUGACAAUCGUCUUCAAGAUUUAUCUAAACGUGUCCAAGUACGUCGUUUGGCAAUAAUGAAAUCUAUGUUAGAUCGAACAGAAAAAAUUCUUGAUUAUUUCUUAGCAAAAGUUGAUCAACAAAAUAUUGAUGAACGUAUAGCUAAUUAUGUUCGAAAAUUAAUAGCAGGAUUUGAACAAGCAUAUAUCAAUGAUACAAGUUUUGAAGUCUUAUUUCCAGUUGGUCGUCAGCUAGCUAGCUAUACUGAAACAAGUGAAUUAGUAUAUGGUCUGGGUAGUUUGCUUCGAAAUCGUGAUCAAGCAUUUGAUAUAAUUCGUUCUGUAUUAGUAAAUCGUUUCCAGUCACGCAGUGAAACAUCUCAAAAUUAUGAUAAAGCAUUACGUGCACUUGUUAAGCGUUUAUUCAAAUGUAAUCCAUCAUUAACGCCAGAAUUUCACGCUGUUAUUGCACAUACUGGAGAUACUAUUGAUCUACAUGGUGAUUAUAUUUAUCUUAAUACAGCAUGUGAUUAUGUUUUAGCACAUGAUUUUGAUGGUUUACAAUUUUCAUUUCGUUUUGCAUCUGGUAAAGUUUAUUCAGUAAUACCAAAUCUAGUAGAAAUAAAAGAAUAUGAAUUUUCAAAUACUGGUCGUGUUCAACUUUGUGGUCUUGUUGAUGGUGCAGUUGGUGAUGUACGUGAUCGUAGUGGUACAGAACAUGGAGAUCUUAGUCGUUGGUUAGUACGAUAUUGUGCAGCUGCUGCACGUAAUCAAAGAAAAGACAUUGGACCAUCGAUUCCUGAAUGUGCUAGUGAUGAUGAUGAUGAACAACAAUUUUGUGAAAAUUUUGUUCAAAGAGGUGUAAGAGGUGGACUUGAUAAGCGGUUAUUAAUUGCUCAAGCAGGGGCUGCACGAACAUACAAAUGA